AUGUCUAUUUUCAAAAAAAAACCUCACGUAAAACGUAUUCCCAAUCCUGAUUGGCGAGAAGAGUUCUAUCGCAACGGCCGCCCGGAUGAAAAAGAAGUAAUAGUCAUUCCAGACACACCAACUCCCCCAAAUUCUUACACACGACAAUCCAUGCAAAUUGAAACGAGAGGAAUGAAGCGAGGCCGACGUACUCCUCCGAGUAAAUACAUACAGUCGUCUCAAGUGCCACUUCAACCGACAUCAAGUGCAUAUAAGAGACGACGGAAGGAAGCUCAGUCUAAUCAGACUCACUCCCAAUAUGGAGAAACAGCCUAUCGCUCUUACGUUUCGAAUAGUUCCCACACUUCAGCGCAAUAUCGUGAGCCAAUCUCGGCUAGAGAAUCUCAUUCAUCUGCAGCAUCGUCACGCCAAGCAAUAAUACCUAACUACGAUGAAAAAAGAUGGACAUUACAUUACAAAAUACUCAACUUAUUGGGACAGGGCACUUUCGGAAAAGUGGUUAAAUGCUUAGACCGUUCAACUAAUCGAAUGGUUGCUGUUAAAAUCAUUCGUGCAGUUCAAAAAUAUCGUGAAGCUAGUAGAAUCGAAAUCAGGGUGUUAAACGCAUUGAAAGAUCAAGAUCCCAAUAGUGUGAAUAAAUGUAUUCAGCUUCGUCAUUGGUUCGAUUAUCGUAACCAUAUUUGUAUGGUUUUCGACUUGUAUGGGAUGUCACUCUUUGACUUCCUCAAACAAAACGAUUUUAAUCCCUUUCCCCUCAACCAAAUCCAACAUAUUGCAAGACAACUACUGCAUUCCGUUACGUACCUGCAUAACUUGAAAUUAGUGCACACGGACCUAAAACCAGAAAACAUUUUAUUGGUUAAUGACCAAUGUAAAAGUGUUCCGUCGAAACGAACUCCGGGUAAGGUGAGACGAGUGCUGUAUGAAACCGACAUACGACUUAUAGAUUUCGGCAGUGCGACAUUUGACGAUGAGUACCAUUCUUCCGUAGUAUCAACCAGACAUUAUCGGGCACCCGAGGUCAUAUUAGGAUUGGGUUGGUCAUAUGCUUGUGAUCUCUGGUCAAUUGGUUGCAUCCUUGUCGAGCUGUUUACUGGAGAGGCCUUGUUUCAAACUCAUGAAAAUUUGGAACACCUGGCGAUGAUGGAACAUGUGCUUGGCAGAAUCCCCGAUAGAAUUAUUCGACAAAUGUGUCGUACAAACCAGGCUAAAUAUUUUAGAGGUGGUAGACUGCUUAAUUAUCCUAAUAAUGACACCACUAAGCAAAGUCGUAAAUACGUAGAUUCCAUGCGUACUUUGGAAGAAAUCAUCGAGCCUGAAAAGUCCAUUUCUAGAAAGCAUUUCUACGAUCUUAUACGACAGCUUUUACUUUAUGAUCCUAACGAACGGAUUAAAGCGCGUGACGCAUUGAGGCACGCCUUCUUCUAUGUUGCGUUUGAUGAUGAAUCUCGACCGAUUCACUGA